ACUGAAAUCCAAUUCUUUAUGCGUGCAGGUCCAGAAAUCACUACUCAUGUCAGCGAGGGUUCUGACAAGGUGACCCUGAGCUGUAACAUAUCUGCCCCACACCUCACCAUCACGGGCCACCAGUGGAUUCACAAAGCGAAGGUCCUGCUGGAGGACAGCAACUCGGGUGCUUCUACCAGCUACACAAUGGAGGGGAAGGUGGAGGAGCACUCUGGCAUCUACGAGUGCAUCUUCAAAGCCAACCCGCCGAUAAAAGGAGAAGUGAACAUUUCUGUUCCCCCCCAGGUGACAGCGUACAAGAAGUCAGAGCAUGGCAAUGAGGGGGACACAGGGGUGCUGACCUGCAAGAAUCCCUCUUUCCCUGCUGUCACCACUUGGUCCUGGCACAAAAGUGGGCACGGGCGCCUGGACAACGCCUCUGGCAGGUACAUCAUCAAAUCCAGCGGCAACAAGACGGAGCUGCGCAUCCUGAAGCUGGACAUCGAGCAGGACACGGGCGAGUAUUUCUGCAACGGCACCAACUCGCUGGGCACCGGCGACGCCACGGUGAGCCUGCGCGUCCGCAGCCGCCUGGCAGCGCUCUGGCCCUUCCUGGGCAUCGUGGCCGAGGUGCUCGUCCUUGUCACCAUCAUCUUCAUCUACGAGAAGAGGAGGAAGCCAGAUGAGGUUCCUGACGAUGAUGAUGGAGGCUCUGCACCACUGAAGAGCAAUGCCACAAACCACAAGGACAAGAACGUCCGCCAGAGAAACGCCAACUGAGAGCAGGGCCAGGUGACGUGUAGAUGAAGAACUCGUCUGGACAAUUUUGUUUUCUUUUAAUUUUUUUUUUUUGGUAAAAUAGCACCAUGGAAUAUUCUAGUGUGUCCUUGCGAUUCAGUUACUUCACUUUCUAAGGAAACUUAAGUUGUAGAAUAUAAAAUACAUUUCUUUUUUUGUUUGGUUUUUUUUUUUUUUUAAGAGUCGUGGGAGGGUUUUUCUACCUGUAAAUGUAAAUCCUUUGUUCCUGGUAGUCUAGGUCUCUGACUGUCUCUGUCCUAGGUUAUUUCAUGUUGGUACAGAGUGGGGAGGGGGUGGGAAUGCAGCUGUGUCCCACCUGCUUGUGGGGGUGAGGGAGGAGCUGCUUUGGUGGCUGUUGGGAGAUGACCUGAUCUGACCAGAGGGUUCAGGAAGGGGUUUUGUGUCUGUCCCAGUGCGUCACCAGGAGCAAGGCUGCACCUUUCCCUGGCCAGGGCUCGUUCCUGGCCUGUCCCUGUGGGGCAGACUCCCAGUCAACUCCUGCCAAGCUGCUCUGGGUUACUCUGCAGCCAGGAGCUGGAUGCUGGAUAAAUGAUUGCUGUAACUUAUUCCAUGGGUUGUUUGUGUCUCUGCAGUGGGGAGGGGCAGGGUGAGCCGGGGCUGGGGGUGGUUUUAAGGUUGAACUGCUUGUGCUUGUGCUUGUGCUUGAGCCAUAGCGGUGUGAGCGUGACUGGGGCCCUGCGAGCAGACAGGUGCUCAGGGGAGUCUAACACCUUUACUGCUGGGUAGCAUUGAACUGUUCCAUCUGUUAACACUUCACAAAUAAAGAUGAUUCCUCUCUCUUUUUUCCA